GACGGCGGAGCCUGCCGGACACGGACAGCUCCGUCGCUCCCUCCCUCGUCUCAUCCCCACAUCCCCUCUUGCCUCCUCCCCUCGCCCGGAGCAGCAUUCUCUGCAGACCCUUGGUCCUCACGCCCAGGGUCGUCCCGCUCCCGCGGCUCCGUGUAAUUGCCUCCCUCUCACCCGCCAACUCGGCAACUUUCUCCGCCCGCACCCGGGGUGGGGAGGACUGCUUUGCCUGGGAAGAUUUCUCCUGGGGUUCAUUGGGGGGCAGUCUCUUCUUUAGAGACUGGGCUUCUGAGUCCCAGAGAGACGACCGCCACCCGCAGCCUGCCCCCAGCGAACCUGCCGUCGGGUCUCGGCACCCUCUCUUCCCCUCUCCCCCAACCAUGACCGAAAUGAGCGAGAAGGAGAAUGAACCGGAUGACGCGGCCACCCACGCCCCCCCAGGGACCGUCUCCGUCCUCCAGGAAACCAAGCUCCAGCGAUUCAGGCGUUCACUCUCCCUCAAGACCAUCCUCCGAAGUAAGAGUGUGGAGAACUUCUUCUUUCGCUCGGGCGCUGAGCUCAAGUGCCCCACAGAGGUGCUGCUGACGCCCCCAACGCCACUGCCCCCUCCGUCCCCACCAUCCACAUCGGCAGACAGGGGCCUGCCCACCCCAGCCCCCUCCCCGUGCCCAAUCCCACGCCCCCUGGCACCACUCAAACCAGUGAGGCUGCACAGCUUCCAGGAACAUGUCUUCAAGCGAGCAAGCCCUUGUGAGCUGUGUCAUCAGCUCAUUGUGGGAAACUCCAAGCAGGGCUUGCGAUGUAAGACGUGCAAAGUCAGCGUCCACCUCUGGUGCUCUGAGGAAAUCUCCCGUCAGCAAUGCCCAGGCAAGACGUCCACCUCCUUCCGUCGCAACUUCAGCUCCCCCCUCCUGGUGCAUGAGCCACCACCAGCCUGUGCCAUAAGCAGAGAGUCCCCACCCACUGGGGCCAGCGGGAAAGUGGAUCCCGUCUAUGAGACCCUGCGCUAUGGCACCUCCCUGGCACUGAUGAACCGCUCCAGCUUCAGCAGCACCUCUGAGUCCCCCACACGGAGCCUGAGUGAGCGGGAUGAACUGACUGAGGAUGGGGAAGGCAGCAUCCGCAGCUCAGAGGAGGGACCUGGUGACAGUGUAUUCACAGCCCCAGCUGAGAGCGAAGGGUCAGCAGCAGAGGAGAAGAGCCCUGGACAGCAGCCCCCUAAGCCCCCCCUGCGGAAGGAUGUGGGGCCCAUGUACUCCUACGUUGCGCUCUACAAGUUUCUGCCCCAGGAGAACAAUGACCUGGCUCUGCAGCCAGGAGACAGGAUCAUGCUGGUGGAUGACUCUAACGAGGACUGGUGGAAGGGCAAGAUUGGUGACCGGGUUGGCUUCUUUCCAGCCAAUUUUGUGCAGCGGGUGAGGCCAGGAGAGAACGUUUGGCGCUGCUGCCAACCCUUCUCCGGGAACAAGGAACAGGGUUACAUGAGCCUCAAGGAGAACCAGAUCUGUGUGGGCAUGGGCAGAAGCAAGGAUUCUGACGGCUUCAUCCGCGUCACCAGUGGCAAGAAGCGGGGCCUGGUGCCAGCCGACGCCCUGACCGAGAUCUGAGAGGAGCCAAGAAAACCCAGAUGCCGCCCUUGCUUCUGGCCCGGGAAGGGAGCAGGCAUCCUUGUCCACACCCUUUCUCCCUCUGCCUCUCUCCUAGGGACCACUCACCAUGGCUUAGGAGCCUUCUGCAUUGAUGUUUUGAUUCUUGGCUAGGGUGACCUGAGUGGGUCGAUCCUCUGGGACUUGGUGGGGGAGAGGAGAAAGUGGGAGGGGAUGAGGAAGCUGCAGGUAGGUACACACAGUGCCCAGGUACCCCCAGUCCAAUUGCAAUGCUGAGUCCAGUCCUGGGGAAAGGUUCUGGGGAACGUCCUUGCUGCUUCUUCCGGAGAGCCUUCCCCCGCCCACGCCACCUUUGCAUGCCUGACACACCCAUCUCCCCACAGAGCCUCUGCUUGGGUCUAUGUGUGUGUGUCCAUGCAUCUGCCCCUUGCAAGUGGGGCCUUGGGAGGGAGCCUUUCUGUGUCCCUCAGCCCUCUGCCCUGGAUUGGGAGGGGAUCCAGGGUCAUGGGAAGGUCCUGAGCCCACCUCCUGGUCUCACCACCUCUAACACUCCGUCAAUUCUCAGGAAAGCUCUGCGGGAAUCUUUCCCAUUACUUGAAACCUGGGCCGACACAGGAGGGGAGGGAUGAGGUCUGGGGAGGGUGUGACAAACCAGAGACUGCCUCUCAAGUACAACGUUCAUCACAGAGCAGCCUAACCCUACCCUUGUCCAGGGGAAAAGGAUACCCAGGAGUAGCCUAGACACAGAAACCCAACUGAGAACAAAACCCUGGCCCAUGCUUGGUCUAAACAAACCCAUUUCACUGUCAGGACUCCAAAGCCCCUAGUCAUGCAGAAACAACAAGCCAGGGGAGCCUGUGAUUGUCAGCUCCUGUCCCAGGCCUCACCAGGCCCCUUCCAGGAGCCCCACCCUCAGGGCUGACCUUCCUAAUCCCCUCUGUCCCGGCUCUGCAGGGGACAGGGCUGCUGUUGCAGGAGUCCCUUUUCUGGCUGUAUCUGCUCCCUUGUCCUGGACACAGAGCUCUGAGAAGAGCAGGUGGGAGACAGACAAGGAAGGCGGAAUGUUCUGUUUGGCCACCAGGAAAGGAGGGGGUAGGCAGCCCUGGGGGUGGGGUGGGCACACACAAAGAAGACCCCUCCUUUGCAGGCUGCUUUUCUCUGGUGCCAACCUCCCAUACCCCCAAGCUCGGAGCCUCUUCUUGUGCCCUUGAUUGUGCCAGCCAAUGCCACCCCCAUCCUGGGCACAGUCACACCCUCCUGUGCAGUGGGAGGGCCACAGAUCCUCCUACCCAACAGCCCCUGUCCCACUUCUCCCCCACACAGGGGGGCUCAAGCCACACUGCCCUGUUUGCUGCCAUGAGGCCCCCCCAGCAAUAUCCCAGGGGCGGGCCCGAUGCCCACUGUACAUGAGGCUGCAUGAUGGGUCUGCUGGGGCAUUGCUGAGCUCCCAGACCCCUAAUUAAAAUGUUUCUUGUCCCA